CCAUAUUAUCAAACCCUUCUAAUUUUCCUUCUAAAAACUUAACAACAAAAAACAUUGUCAUUUCUGUUGUUAGUAGUAUUGUAGGAACUGCAAUUCUUAUUGGUAUUGGAGCUUUACUUUAUAGAUGGUAA